GAGGGUGAGGCUAGUGCCAGGGGCGGGGGAACGAGAGCGCUGGGGCAGCGCGCAGUGACCGGCCCGGGUGGGAGGCCGCUGGCAGCUUCCCUUAGGGGGGAAAGGCCUCGGGACAGCGACGGGCCUGUGUGCGAUCCGGGUUUGCGCUGAUCCCCCGGCGCUAGCGGGUUCCCCAGCUGAGGGGCCUCUCCCAAGCUUGUCCUGCCCCGGCUGCCCCUCGGGUGCAGCUGGGAAGUUUUUCCUGCUUGUGAGAUGUGACCCGAGGUUGAACUGAAGCCAUCACCCUCAAGGGGAAGAGCUCGGUGCCCCUUUGCUGGCCCAGAGUUCGUGUGUCUGAUACAAAAACUCGCGUUGGGCUCUGCUAGGAGUAACUUGGGGUAGACCAUUAUUUUUUGUCAGGGUCCAAAUUUCUUCAUUAAGGUAUAGCCAAAUACAGAUUACAGAGAAGAAAAUAAUAAAUCCCCAAUAAUGAUAAAUAAAUAAAAAAUAUUUUGGAGGUCUGUUCAAAGGUGACUGGUAGUCCGGAUGUGUCCCACAGUCCGCCUGUUGACUAUCCGUGGAGUAACUAAUCCAAACUGAUUUUUCCUGUCCUGUUCCGUGCUACUCAGUUUUUGUCCAAGUCCCUUUCCUGUGUUGUCAGAUUUGACUUAUCCAGGUGCAGCAGGGAAAUCUUAAAAUACAUAUAACCCUCAUUUCUCUCCUAUGGCAAGUCAAACGCUAGAAGAAAAAUCUUUAGGGGACCUCAGAUGGCAGCAGGAGAAAAGAAUCUAUCACCCUAACUGCUUAGCUCAGUAAUGACAUUUUAAGAGGUUAGCCCAUCUCUCUCCUGUGUUUGGAGCUGUAUUUAAGCUUUCGUGGUGGGACACUUGCUACUAGCCACUAUGUUUGUUCUAGUGGAGAUGAUGGAUACGGUACGGAUUCCUCCGUGGCAGUUUGAAAUGAAACUCAAUGACUCCAUUGCCGAAGAGCUAAAUAAGAAGUUAGCUAAUAAGGUUGUGUACAAUGUUGGCCUCUGCAUCUGUCUGUAUGACAUCACAAAGCUGGAAGACUCAUACAUAUUUCCUGGGGAUGGUGCAUCGCACACUAAAGUGCAUUUCCGGUAUGUGGUAUUCCAUCCCUUUCUGGAUGAGAUUCUGAUCGGGGAGAUUAAAGGCUGCAGUCAGGAUGGAGUUCAUGUUUCUCUUGGUUUCUUCGAUGACAUUGUCAUCCCUCCAGAGUCCUUGCAGCAGCCAGCUAAGUUCGAUGAAGCAGAGCAGGUCUGGGUGUGGGAGUAUGAGACAGAAGAAGGAGCUCAUGAUCUGUACAUGGACACGGGGGAGGAGAUCCGCUUCCGGAUUGUGGAUGAGAGCUUUGUUGACACAUCUCCUACAGGUCCAAGCUCCACAGAGGCCUCCACCUCUGGUGCCACAGAGGAGGUACAGAAGAAGGAGGCACCCUACACUCUAGUGGGAUCUAUCAGUGAGCCUGGCCUGGGCCUCCUCUCGUGGUGGACAAACAGUUAGCAGCAGUCAGAACUUGUUCUGCAUGGCCCCUACAGGAUGGAUGCUUUCAGGGAUUGCAGGAGCCAGCAGGUGCUCUGCUCCCCUCCAGGGAGUGGACAAGAAAGCAGGGCUUCCAUGUUCCUGUCUUUGCUCCCCACCAGUUUGAGCUGACAACUGCCAAGAAAUACCUCUGUUAGAACUGUACAAGUAAAACUACAGACAUGGAAGGACUGCCCUGUUACAUGAGCCCAGCAGCCACAAACCCAUCUGGGACUUUGACAUCCUGGAAAGCAGAGCAAAAUUGGGUUCAAAUGCCAAAGAAAGUCUCUGUCUUGAAAAAGAGCAAUCUGAGUUGUUAUAGUGGCAGGACAAGUGGUGCUGUCUGGCCAGAAGAAACUGGUAAUUUUCUACCACACCCAGUCUCCUGGCUUGAGAAAUGUAAGGAGAGGUAUAAGCAAAGGCCUGUCUCUCCUUUAGUGGAAGUGUUCAUAUCUCCUUGGCACAAAACAAGGUGCUGCUGCUGUCUCAACAUGAGAGAAAACCGCAAAGUAUGGGAAAGGGAUACGUUGGCUCUUAAGCCAUUGUAAACCUUGGUGAUGAAAGGAUGGGGAAGGCUUUGAGAGCUGGGGCACGGAUGGGAAUCCAGGCCAUAGAGGAUUCACUUCACGGUACAAGGGAGCUAGAGUUCUAUUACAUGAAUUGCCAUGAAGAUGGAAGGGUGACCGCUUACUAGGAAGCAAUUUAGCUUCUGUUUCUAAUCCUUUGCUGUCCUCUGAAAACAACCACCUGCUAUGGUGCUGAAAUACAGUGGAUGGACUGUGGUUUUAUGCAAAACAAGCUCAAUUCUACUGGUGGCUUGGCUGAAAUGGUCACUUAAUUUUAGAGGAGAGGCCAUAUUGCUGAGUAAAGCCAUAUUUCCAAUCCCUUAGGGGGCAGGAAGGCUGGUUUUAAUAUUAGAUGAAUAAAUGUUACUGGCCAUACACAA